AUGAGCUCGUGCCGUUUAUUGCAGUUUACUAUACAUAUACUCAAAUACAGUACAAAUACUCUAUUAGUUAUUAUCGCUGCACUGUUAACCUUGUCGACUGUUGCGAGCUCACCUAACGACUAUAGUUACGCCAGCCAUGGUCCAAAUUUGGCGCAUACGCGUCAUGAAAUGGAAACUCAAAUGAUCUGUAAUAAUGGAACCGAUUACAAAUGUAUCUGUCGUACGGGGGUUCCUCAAACCGUAGAUACACCACCUGUUAUUGAAUGCGAUCAGUUUAUACAGUCACUGGAACUACCAGUUGUUGAUAUGCGGUUACGACAUGUCAAUCUUGAAGCACAUCUCCACACGAAUGAAAAAUACGAGACGUAUUUCAAACGCCGAAUCGCCAAUAUCGUAUCCUCUUACUGCGAACAUCAGGCCAACGAAUGUCCCGGAGCGACAUUACGACUUACACAGACUGUAUCCGAUGCAUCGCAGUCAGACGACGAUGACGAGGACAAUUCCGUGCUAUAUGCGGCUGAUGAUGAAUCUGAACCGCUUCUCACUCAGAACAAUGUCGUGCUGUUACGGGUAGAGCGAGAACCUCUCAACGUCACUCGUAUACUCUUCGCUAUCACCAAAUCCGAAAAUGUGCUCUCACUCAGCGAACAUAUGAUCAUCGAUCCGGUCAAGGUGAAAUACAUACUCGGAAGUCAAGCCGGCCCAUUAGCACGAAUCCUCGGUGGUAUCAAAUUGGAUAGUGUACGAGUUUCACGAAUACGACGUCAUCUUAAACCAUCCGACACUGAUAAUACCAAACUUAUCACCAUUAUUUCCAUCAUUGGAGGUUUCUUCGUCAUAUGUUAUAUAAUAGGAGCAAUACGAUUGUGCAGAGACGCACGACGGAGAAGACGUGAAAGGAAAAUUGCGGACGAUGCAGCUAACGGACUCGCGACAGUCAAUUUCGUCCCCAACUACGGUUCCUGUCAGCGAAAGCCUUCUAAAAAUGGAGAAGUCCUGAAGGACGUCACCGUAAAAGAUGUCGCCCACACUAAUUAUCAGGAAAUCAAUGAAUCCUUGGACAACCAUCAAAAUGAUGAGCCUCAUGUGCUUACUGAACGACAAGCUCGGUUUAUGUUCAUGUGUGAUCCAUCUCAGUUACCCAGAGAACCUACUUUUGAUUCCGAUGCAUUGGAGAGUGAGGCUGGUCAGACUCCCCAGUUGAGUUCAAAUCGCGCAAAUAGGAACGCUACUGAAGGGAAUCCAACAAAGUCUAAAGAGAUGUCACCGACAAAGGAAUCACCUUUGCAGCAGUCGCAACCAUCGCCCCAUGACGAUCAAGAAGUGCCUGCACUUGUGCUGGUACCCUCUUUUUCACUGGAAUCUCCAAUGGUUUCGGAUGAGUCACCAACUGCUAACUCGAGCUCGGCGAUUUUCCUUGGAAAUCAGUCUGAAAGCCCAGAAGAUCGGCCUAGAUCACGACGUGGAAGCAGGGUAGGAGACGAAGUUCUUGACUUACGAGAACUGCAAGAAUCUCCGAAAAAUGAAGAGAACAAUAACGUUGGGCAAGAACCCCAAGAAGUUGUUGCUGAAGCUAAUGAAAGAGCGAAUAGACAAUAUGAACUUGGUCGAUGGUCUAGUAGUGAGGGUGAGGUAGACGUCUACUAUAAACUGAGCGAUGAUGAUGAUAUGGUUAGAGGCGAUGAUUGGACGAAUUUGAAGGAAGGACCCAAGCUGCCAGGGUAUCGACAAGAAACUGAAAGCGAUUCGGAUGCUGAUGAUGGUGAAGAGAAUAGAUUGAAACAGGACGGUGAAGUGGAUGGUUAUGUUUACGAACGAUUACGUGAAGAACUGACACCUGUGCCUCCGGACAGCUAG